AUGAAAAAAGCCCAACCAAAUAUUUUACAUUAUGUACUUUCAAAAUUACAAUUAAAUAAUUAUAUUCAACAAAUAAUAACUCAAAAUGUUGAUGGUCUUUAUCAAAAAUUUAAUUCUAAAAAAAUUAUUUUAGAACUUCAUGGUUCUUUAAAUCAAAUUCAUUGUUUAAAUUGUGGUCAUAUAAAUCAAAGAUCUGAUUAUCAAAUAAUUUUAAAUUUACCAUAUGGUACUUCUUAUGAUUCUUUUAAUUAUUCUUCUUGUGUUCAAUGUUCUAUAGGAAUUUAUAAAUCUUCUGUUGCAAAAUCUGUAGAUUUAGUUAAAAAUUGUAAAUGUAUUUUGGUGGUCGGUUCUUCAUUAACUACUUAUUUUGCAUUUGGAAUCGUCAAGCUUGCUAGUGAUCUAUAUAAAGAUAUUGCUAUUAUCAAUCUUGGUGAAACCAGAGACGAUUUCUUUGGUGCUGAUGGCGUUUUAUGUUUAGAAGAAACUCAAAACAAUAAAAAAGGUCUUUUAUCAGUCGGUCUAAUAGGAAAGUCUAUGUUAUCAAUAUCAGUGCUUUUGAAUACCGUGGCAUGUGGUUCUUCUUUCAAAUGGGAAAAUAAAUAUGACCCUUUAGGAAGGCUAAUAUUUAUAAAAAAAUUACUCAUUAAUCUUCAAGUUAAUAUUAAAGUUAAUAAAG